CGAAGAGAGGCAAAAGUGUUUUUUCGCGGCAGAAACAACCCGCCGAGCGAGAAAGCUCCGGGCGUCGAGCAACAGGACAGCACGGGUUCAAUGCCGGAAGCCUCGGGGUCGGGGAGAGGCUUCGCCCUAGGGGCGGCGGCGGAUAUGCUAAUGAAGGAGCCAGAUUACUCGAUUUUCGAGAACAAAAGUGGACUCGCCGAAGACAUGAAGUUCCUGGCGAGCAUGCCAGAGCUCUGCGACGUCACCUUCUUGGUCGGCGAGACCAAGGAACCAGUCUGCGCUGUCAAGGCGGUUUUGGCAGCGAGAAGCAGGGUGUUCCACCAGAUGCUGUAUCCUGAGAAAAAAAAAGAACCGCCCCCCAAGGAGAACAAAAUCCGCCUGAUCCUGAAAAGGAGCUCGGAGCCACUUCUGAACCAACAAAACGCAGCCCUACAGGCGCAGUCUUAUCAGCACCAUACUCUCACUAUCAAGGAGUUUGAACCUGACGUGUUCCGUCAGCUGAUCGAGUACAUCCACACGGGAUGUGUCACUCUCCAGCCCAGGACUCUUUUAGGGGUAAUGAACGCUGCGGAUUAUUAUGGGCUGGAUAAUCUUCGUCAAGCUUGCAGCGGCUUCGAGGAAAGCUGCAUCACGGUGGACACGGUUUGUGCGCUACUUGCAUCAGCAGAGGGCUACAUCCAGUACAAAGGAACCAAGUCACUGGUUCAAAAGGUGUUGGAGUUCGUUGACGCGAACGGGAACGAGGUGCUGAACCUGGGAUCGUUCACGCUGCUUCCUCAGCAUGUCGUUCGUCUAAUCCUAGGUAGAGGGGAACUUCAAGCUGAUGAGUUCACCAAGUUCCAGGCGGCCUUGAUGUGGAGCAAGAAGUACUGCGACAGCAACCAGAACGUGCAGCUUAAGGACGUGAUCCACAACUUCCUGGAGUACAUCCAGUUCCACAAGAUCCCGGCGAACGUGCUGAUGCGCGACGUCCACCCCCUGAGAUUGGUGCCGGACACCAUCGUGAUGAAUGCUCUGGCCUAUCAGGCAGACCCAACCAGUGUCGACCCCGGAAAGCUCUCCCCCCACAGAGUGAUAAGACAAGGGCGCAGCAUGUCGGUGCAAUCGUCCCUGGAUCCGUACGGCAGCAACACGUCCUUGAGCUCCAGCGGAAGCGACGCCGGGUUCGAUCAGAAACAGCACUCUGGGAGCAACUAACCGCAGGCCCCGGCCGCCAUUAUCGCGGCCGAGCCCGAAGAGGCCUCCUCGGCAGAGUACGCCGAGAUAGGCCCGGCUUACGAGCCGGGAGAGGAGGCCAAGGGCGACAAGGAAGAGGCCACCGUGCCCGAAGAGGAGGCCGAAGAGGCCACCGGACCUCCGAGGCUCCUCAGCCUCGACGAGGACAACGCCUUCCCAGAGGUAGAGCCCAACCCCUGUGGCCUCUACAUUCAGUUCGUCCUGCGACGCCCAGGACGCAAGGACCUGGUCUGGCUCUACAAGACGCACAAGUUCUAAGUUCGAUCAUCGGUUGGGCUUUCCUCUUUCCUCAGGACUUCUUCCUUGAGGAGGGAUUUCUGUCCUUUUCCGCGCUUCCGUCAUCCUCCUCCUGCAACUCGCAGGAUCGGUUCCUGUGUCUCUUUGUCACGUUCCUCUCGAGGUGGAAUUGUUGAUGCCAUUGUUACUACACAUAUCCGUCGACUUCGUCACGCCGCGAGAACUCGAAUUAUAUAUUUGAUACUAUACUUCGUCGACCUCAAGCUCUGCCUGGAGGUGCUUAACUUCGUGGAACUUAAUGUACUUCCUCGGACAAAUCGAGGUCCAUUGACUUUUCGGCUACUAAAGCCUGUGCUCCUCACGAAGCUGUUCAAGCAUUGUCCGACGAAAGAUUUCUUGUUCUUAUCGCGGAGAAUAAUCCGCGUCCAAAGCGUGGGAACGCGUUAUCGUAAUUAGUACAAAUACGGCGGAUGCGUAAUCGUUCCUUGAGCGUUAGUUCGACUUCUGAUAGACGUUGGUGUUGGGAAGAUUAACCCUUUUAGUGCCGAACAACGAUAUAUCGUCUUGCGACAAGUGCCAACGAUUUCGGUCGCCCCUAAAAGGGUUAACAAUGUCUUAAUUCUUUAUCUACCGACUGCAAAUUAAAAGAAAAAAACGGCUCAUUCUAAAUCAAAUUCCCCAGUUUGGUCAAGAUAGUUACGUAACGAUAAAUCUGUGCAAACUGAUAUGCGCAGAUGUAAACGACACGUGGAUAACAUUUGGAGUAUGGACGGAAACUCGAUUUAAUCGAAGUUAACAAUUUGUUAGGAUUUACUGUAACGCGUAAGAGAGGAUCAAUAAGACUUGGAUUAAUUAACUUUACUAAAAAGAGGAUAAAUGAAUGCUGAUAAAAACGGGAUGAUUAAUAGGCCACUAGGUAACAAGCUUAGCUAAGAGACGCCAAUUAACAGGCGGCAGGUUAAUAAGCGCAGGUAAAAGAGGCCUAUUUAUCGACUCCCUGGGUAAAGUGUUAAGACCAUCAAUCCUAACAUCAACAUCAUCAAAAAGAUCGAGAUUAGUAUGUUAAGAGACGCUUGGAAGCCUCGAAAUUCGGAGCCUCCUAUGUGAUGGUGUCCUCUAAAAUCGAGGAUUUACACCUAACUUCAUCGUUAUGUGUGUGUUAAUGUUAUCGCCAUAAGUCUAGAAUCAAAGGAUCACUUCCAUUUCUCCAUUUGCCAGAAUCCCGAUAAUCGCAAGGAUAUCAAAGGAAGCCUGAAGGUCCACUUCGGGACGGAAGAUUUCCAUUACCGUAAGUGCAGUGAUCGACGUCAGAGAUAUUUUAUAUCGUCACGUUAUGUGCACCAGGAU